CUUUCUCAUUUUCAAAGCGAACAUGGAUCGUUCACAGGGCCCCAUUGGAAAACUGGUGGGCGGAGUCACCUCCGGUAUUGGCUUCGCAAGCGAAGUAUACGGAUACAAAAAAUCGCGAAAAGCAGCCAUCAAGGAGCGAGAGUUGAAGCAACACGACCAAGGAAGACAACAAGAAUCAGCAUCAGCAUCAGCAUCAUCUUCUUCUUCCUCCUCCUUCCGGUCUCCACCUCCAUAUUCAGCAACGGAAUUUCCCUUGGGAGAGCAGACUGCAUUCCCAACCGAGAAGACUGCCACCAUAGCCGAAGAUGAGAUCGAGCGUUCCUGGCAACUCGACGAAGCACAAGACGUCGCCAUUGAAGAAUCCGAACCCUCCAAACCUCGCAAAAGCAAAUCCGGCGUCGCCAACCCGGACAAAGUCAUCAGCGCCUUUCUCCAGCGCCAGCCUCCUCCUUAUCCAACACUCGCCCCAGACGGUCGUCCACACCCUGACCACAGACUCGCGUAUCCUGUGGCAAUCCCGCAGCGUCGUCCAAAAGACAAGACGCGGGGGUUUAUACGCGCGUACGCGCCCGACCUGCAAAACAUGGGCAUUACCCAAGAGACCUGGUUCGAUCUGAUCGAGACCAUCAACGAAGCCAGUCUCGCGAAUCCGUGGAUCAAUGCCCUGAAUUUGGCGUCACUGGCCGCUGCGCCUCUGCCGUUUCUUGUUUCGACAGCCAUUUCCAUGGCCAUUAUGGUUUCGACCACGAUUGCUAUUGAGACUCAGGGUCGCUAUCGACAAAACAAAGCCCUCGAUACCCUCAACAAGGAGUUCUUCAACCCCCGCGGCCUCUUCUGCCUCGUAAUGACCUGGGACCCCACAUCAACCAGCGCCCGCACCAAUAUGGACAUCAACUCCACCAUCCAAAGUACAGUGAGCACCCAGGGCAAAAAGUCCCAUAAAUUCCAGUCCUCGAACGGCGUCACCAAUGGGAUGGAGUACAUGCAGACUGCGGAACUCGUCUUCCCGGGUCUGGACUGGCUGGCUACUGCAACAGCGGAUGAGAGGAAGGGAUUCAAGAUGAAGUUCAAGCGCGGGAAGGGUUUCAUUGAUGAUUAUAUGGAUCGGAAGGCGCAAGCGAAAUUUAUCGCUGAGAACCCAGAUAGCUAUCUGAACCAAGCCGGAAAACCGAAAUUUAUCUCGAAACUUGCUGAUCCCUCGCAUCCCUUGCGUAGUGGCUUAGCCGGCUUGCAAGGAGCGGGAGCAGGAUCAGGAGUAGGAACAGGACAGAGCCGUGGCUUCGGUUCUAGAGACGAUCAGGGAAGGGGUUUGGGAGGACGAAGUGGGGGUCUUCUUGGUGGUGGCCUUCUUGGUGGUGGCCUUCUUGGUGGUAGUCGUGGUAGCGGCCGUGGUGAUGGUCUUGGUGGUGGUCUCCUUGGUGGGAAUCGUGGUAGCAGUCGUGGUGGUGGUCUUCUCGGGCUGGUCAGCCUAGCGACAAAUGCUGUCAGUGAGCAUCGCCAUAAAAGGCAGAGCCAAAGCAUCGACAGCAACCUCAACAGCAACAACCACAGCAAUCCCCAUGCGCCGUACGGUGGCUCUGAUGCUGGGUAUUAUGAUGAGCGCAGGGAACAGCAGCGACCAUAUCGGAAUGGAGACUCUCGCCCAGAGUAUUAUGAUGAGCGCAGGGAUCAGCAGCGGCCAUAUCGGGAUGGAGACUCUCGCCCAGAGUAUUAUGAUGAGCGCAGGGAGCGGCAGCGGCCAUAUCGGGAUGGUGACUCUCGCCCAGAGUAUUAUGAUGAGCGCAGGGACCAGCAGCGGCCAUAUCGGGAUGGUGACUCUCGCCCAGAGUAUUACGAUGAGCGCAGGGACCAGCAGCGGCCAUAUCGGGAUGGUGACUCUCGCCCAGAGUAUUAUGAUGAGCGCAGGGACCAGCAGCGGCCAUAUCGGGAUGGUGACUCUCGCCCAGAGUAUUACGAUGAGCGCAGGGACCAGCAGCGGCCAUAUCGGGAUGGUGACUCUCGCCCAGAGUAUUAUGAUGAGCGCAGGGACCAGCAGCGACCAUAUCGGGAUGGCGACUUUCGCCCAGAGUAUUAUGAUGAGCGCCGGGAACAGCAACCACAAAACACACGAGGGGGCGCUGGCGCUGGUGGGCUGGGAGGCUUAAGCCUGAACAGCCUCUUUCGCUCGAAAGUGCUCUAUCUUCUGGUCGUCAAUCUGCCGACUGAGGAAGAGCUUGCUGAAGCACGACGCCUGACUGCUGAUUGGAACACUCAGACUCAGCAGCAGCAAAUCUAGACUGGGCGUCUUGUUGAUUGGGUAAAUGUGAUUAUGUUGGUUUAAUUUAAGCGUGAUUUGUGUCUAUUUGCAAGGGUGUUUGCAUGAAAGACUUCAUAUAUAAUAAAUAUAUCAGUGAGAUUUGAUGCCACUGUAACUGAAAGAAU